AUGGCCAGGAACUCGGACAUCGCCCCUUACGUCGGUCGACUGAGCCGUACCGGCGCCUUCCAGAAGAAGGGAGCCUACAAGCUCACCCAGUCUCGCAAGGCCCCAGCUGCCAAGGCCGCUGACGCCCCCGAGAGCAAGACCAAGGAGCUCAAGAAGGGAGGUAGCCGCAACGUGCCCACCACCAAGGCAUCGCGCUACUACCCUUCGGAGGACAUCAAGAAGCCCAAGGCUUCGCGAAAGUCCAACAAGGCCGCCGCUCUCCGCUCCACCAUCCAGCCCGGUACCGUGCUGAUUCUCCUCGCUGGCCGAUUCCGUGGCAAGCGUGUCGUCUUCCUCAAGCAGCUCGAGUCUGGUCUUCUGCUCGUCACUGGUCCCUUCAAGGUCAACGGUGUGCCCAUUCGCAGGGUCAACCAGGCCUACGUCAUUGCUACCAGCACCAAGCUGAACGUUUCGGAUGUCAAGGUUGACGAGAAGCUCAACGACUCUUACUUCCGCCGCGAGAAGGUUUCUGGUGCCAAGCCCGAGGCUUCCUUCUUUGCCGACCCCGCCAACAAGCAGCCCCACCCCUCGAGCAAGGUUGCUGACCAGAAGGCUCUGGACAAGUCUGUUCUGGCUGCCAUCAAGAAGGAGGGCCCGACCAUGGCCAAGUACCUGGCCUCGACCUUCUCUCUGUCGAACGGCGACAAGCCCCACGCCAUGAAGUUCUAA